UCAAGCCCAGAUGUUCAGCGAGAUGACGCGGACAGUGGACCAGCAGGAAGGGCUUCUGUACCCCAGACUUCUGGCUGUGGCGGAGAGAGCGUGGCACCGGGCCAAGUGGGAGAACGUCAGUGACGUCACGGCUAGAAACACGUCACGUGUUCAGGAUUGGAGUCGUUUUGCUAACACUCUUGGGUACAAAGAGUUACCGUUCCUUGACAGGCUUGGCGUUGCAUAUCGACUUCCGCUACCAGGCGCUAGGGGUCAAGGCCGUAGGUGGAAGGUCAACACAGAGUACCCCAACCAGAACUUGGAGGUGAGCUACGACAACGGCGCCACCUGGGACAACGUCGUCUCUGACACAGCAACGGCUCCAGACGAGGAGGUCCCCCAUUUCAGAACAAGGUCCCCCGUACGACAGCGUUACAGCCGCGUGGCUCCCUCAUCCAGCGUCAACGUCGCUUCCUCCUCCUCCGUCGUCGGCUUCAUCACAAAUGAAUGAGGGAAGGAUCGAUGUGUCACGUCCGACUCACACCUGUAAUCAACCCAGUUCGAUAUACCUUGCAGUGAUUAUCACCUGUAAUCAGCCCAGUUCGAUAUACCUUGCACCUGGCACAGUGACUAACACCUGCAAUCAACUCUGUCCUAUACACCUGGCAAAGUGACUGACUCCCUCU